AUGUAUUUAACCAGAAUAUAUUUUGGUUUAUUUUUAAUAUUUUUUUUAAGUGCCGAAUGUAAAGGAUUCUUUUUUCGUUCAUCUGAUUCAGCAAUAGGUUUGAAUGCGGUUAGGAAAGCACCGAGAUGGAACAUGCCGUGGCUCGGCGUGGGAGUUCGGUGUAACGGAUGCCCGCCACACGGCUGUGAGGACGACGAAGCGAUCAUACACGGCUUCUGCUGCGGUUGCGCCUAUGGACUUGAUAGGGUGCCAGUCCUCUGUCCAGACUUUCUGCAAUGUCCUCUUAACUUGCACGGGCUCUGUCACGACUACGAAUACAUGAUGAAUUGUUGCUGUUAGAAUCAUAAAUAAGUCACUCUUG